GUUCUGACAAGCAUAGGGGGCUCUGCAAGGAAGUUAUCUGAAAACCAUCAUACCUUCUCUUUCUCUCUCUAGGUCCAUAGAUUGAUAGAGACAAACGGAGGGAGGAGUGAAUAGUCUCUGUUCACCCAUUAAAGGCUUUGCGUGUUUGGGAACACACACUCUCUCUCUCUCUCUUCACCAUUACCAACCCAAUUUAGAGAGAGAAACGGGAAUUCUCCUCCAAAUUUAAGGAAGGGACUUCUGAUACCCACUUUCUCUCUCUACUUAAUCUGCGAUCAAUCAGAAUUCCACAUAAUCUAAUCUCUCUUCCUCUAUAGUUUGCAAACCCAAAACAAGGAAAAAAAAACAAGAAAAAAGAGUUGUUUCAUGAACAGUAUCUACAUAAGCUCCUGCUACUACUCUCUGCUGCCAGAUCAUGUCCCGUCACAGAAACUGCAUUCCAUCAUCUCUUUCCUCCUCAUAUAUCACUCUCCCUCUAUGUACCAACCCAUUCCGCCUUCUCUCUCGCUCUCCAACCCCCCACCACCGCCACCGCCACCACCACCACCACUCUGGCUCAAGCUCGUGGAGAAUCCGUGCGAUUACGCUACUGUGAAAUGCUUGGCUCUUUGGACUCCUCCUCCCAUGAAGACGAAGACCCCUCCGACCACCACCUCCGCAUCGGCUUCCCAAGCCAUGGCGGCUCGCCACCGGCCCAACAGCUACGGCAGCUGCUCAUGACAUGCGCCGAGCACAUUUCUCGCUCCGAUUUGCAGUCGGCAGCUCGCAUUCUCUCUCUCCUUUCUUCAAAUUCUUCUCCUUAUGGCGAUUCCACCGACCGCCUCGUCUCCCAAUUUGUAGCUGCCUUAUCCCUCCACCUCCGCCUCCCCUUACCGCAACAGCAGCAACAAAGUCCACGACAUAUACCUCCCUCUCUGGUAACCCCGCAAACCGUUGAGUCCUCCUUUCUCUCUCUAAACCAAAUCACCCCAUUUAUAAGGUUCAGCCACUUGACAGCGAACCAGGCCAUCCUCGAUGCCUUGGACGGUCACAAUUCGGUGCACAUAGUCGACCUGAACACGAUGCAAGGCGUUCAGUGGCCGCCUUUCAUGCAGGCGAUGGCCGAGCGCUUUCCACACCACGGGGCCACCAUCCGAAUCACCGGCACCGGCCCCGACCUCUCGAACCUCCACCGCACUGGCGCGCGUCUCAGCCGCUUCGCCCAAACCCUUGGCCUCGACUUCCACUUUCACCCCUUCCUCUCCAACUCCUUGUCUGACCUCCUCCUCUUGCCCCAAGCCAUAGCAUCGGUUGCUCAGCCUAACGAGGCCUUGGCGGUAAACUGUGUGCACCACCUCCAUGUGCACCUUGGCCACGACCUCCCCUCCCUAUUGAGAGCAUUGAAGGGCCUAAACCCGAGGGUCCUGACAUUGUCGGAGCGUGAAGCCGGACACAACCAUCCGAGCUUCACCGAAAGGUUCUCGGAGGCCUUGAGCCACUAUUCAGCUCUGUUUGAGUCCUUGGAGGCGACGGUGCCUCCGAGCAGUAGAGAGAGGAUGGCUGUAGAGCAAGUGUGGUUCGGGAGAGAGAUCACCAGGGUGCUGGCUAACGAGGAAGAGAUCGGGAGGAGGGAGAGGGAGAGGGAGAGGCACGAGAGGUUCGAGAGGUGGGCGGAGAUGAUGCGGGUGUGUGGCUUCGAGGGGGUGGUGCUCAGUGAUUUUGCGGUUUCGCAAGCAAGGCUGCUGUUGAGGCUGCACUAUCCCUCUGAGGGUUACAAUUUACAUCUGCACCAUGAUGCUUGCUUCUUAGGGUGGCAGAACCACCCACUCUUCUCAGUCUCUUCUUGGCACUGACACUCAUUUACCUUCUUUUAUUCUCAAUAGGAAAAGAUGAAUGGAUUCACCCCCCCCCCCCCACAACUUGAAGCUUGCAAUAAUAACAAGCACUUUCCAAUGGACUUAUGGGGACCAUCUUUCUAUCUCACUUGGAAUUUUGGUAUCCUUGAUUUACCACUAGCUUAAACCCUAAUUUACCUCUAAGACUUGACUGUGUUGAAUCCAGCUCUCUCUAAAACCUCAAGAAUGAUCAUAAACCCUCUAAACCCUAAUUUGGCUUGGCAUGGCAUGGCAUGGCAUGAGGAAAUGGGCUUACGUUGCAUGCAAGUCUCGUGAAUUGGUUGAGGUGAGAGGUAUUGGGUUGAGCAUGGAUUCGAAGUUGCACCACUAUGGAUAUGGAUCUUUGCUCACUCAAUUGCUAUUUUAUUUUCUUUCUCUCCCUCCCUACAUCUAUCUUAGUUUAUGAUAUUUAUGCUGAACUCCAUUUCAUGGAGGAACAUG